CUCAGAGUUGUUUUGGCCGCGUUGCCAUUUAGACGUCGCCGCAUUCUCGCUUACCUUCCGCUUCGAUUCGCACCUGCAUUUUCGCGUCCUGCCUGCAAACGUAAAAAAAAUCGAAAAACACCCCCCAAACCAACUCCACCUCCCCUUCCACUGCCAAUUUUGGACAAUUGCAAAAGUUUGUCUACAGUGAAACGUGAAAUCUCUUAUUUUACCAAGGCAAAAAACAAAACAAAAAAAAAAAACAAAACAAAACAAAUAUCUCUGUGCUGUACGAGGCAUAUAAUUUUGUGUGUAUUUUUGCGCCUGAACCGGUGAACAACUAGCAGUAGAUCACGGAGUUCAGAUCACAGAUCUCAGAGCACAUCACAUCAACACAAUGGGCAAGGCGGAGUGCAUUAGCUACGAUGAGCAGCAGGUGCCCUAUAUCGAUCUGGGUUCGGCACAGAUUCGUAUGGAGAAGGAUGCAGCACCUGAGUGGGCUCUGAAAAAGGCGCAGGACGAGCUGAGGGAACUGCCCGGCGUCAAGGAGCAGGCCAUCAAGGACCUCAGGGAGCUCAUUCAAAAUGAAAAGUAUCUGAACCUUCCGCUGGAUGAUGAGUACAUGAUGAUGUUCCUGCGUCCCACCCAUUACUAUCCAGAAAGUGCUUUGAAAAGACUCAAGAAUUUUUAUCACAUGAAACUGAAGUACGGAAUUGCUUGUGAGAAUAUAAUCCCCAGCAAGUUGCGCAACGUUUUCGAGGCAAAUAUAUUGAAUUUGCUUCCCCAAAGAGAUCAGCAUGGUCGUCGUCUUCUAGUGUUGGAAGCAGGCAAAAAAUGGAAGCCGUCCCAAGUGCCUUUGGUGGAUUUGUUCCGAGGCAUACAAUUGACCGUGUUGGGAUCCAUGGUGGAGCCCUAUUCACAAAUUUGCGGAGCAGUUGUUAUCAUCGACAUGGAGGGUCUGCCACUUAGCCACAUUACACAAUUUACACCCUCGUUUGCCGCCAUGUUGCUGGAUUAUAUUCAAGAAUGCAUCUGCAUGCGUUUGAAGGCAGUUCACAUUGUGAAUAAUUCAUAUAUAUUCAAUAUGCUCUUUGCGAUAUUCAAACCAUUUAUUCGUGAAAAGUUGCGCAAGAGGAUAUUCUUCCAUGGCAAGGACUACAAGUCCCUGAUCUCUCACAUUGAUGCUGGUGCCUUGCCUCCCAAAUAUGGUGGUUCUGCCACUUGGGAACUGCCGCCUGGUAAACUACUGGGAGAAUUCUUUGAGUGCUACGCCAAGGACUAUGAACUGGCCGACAGCUAUGGGUACACCGAGGGCUAUAAAAUGAAAAAGUAAUAGUACAAGAAAAACAGAUAAAUCCACCCAAUCCUCAAUUAACCGUUUUGAUUCGUAUUUUAGUCACUUAAGUUGGUUCAUUUGUGAUAUUGCAAAUAUUGUCGUACUUUAAGUCGUAGUCUCUUUGCUCUUAAAAUUUAAGGCUCAAAAAACAUUCAUAAUAAUUGGCAAGCUCAUGAUUAAGGCAAAGAUUUUGUUUAGCGUUUUCUAAGCAUUAAAACUGAUACCAUUUGUAAUAUAAACUUUUUAAAAUUGUUAUUGAAAUAAUGAAUAAAGAUGAAAACAUUUGUUAUAAAAGUAUGAAAAA